AUGGGAGUGGCAAGUGUGGACCUGCUCGUGACACUCCAGAUUUUACCUGGCUUCUUCUCAAACUGUCUGUUCCUCGCGCUGUACGACUCCGUGGUGCUCGUGAAGCGCGCCGUGUCGCUGCUCAGCUGCUCCCGGUCCACGGGCUCACCAGAGUGGCGCCGCAUGCUCACCUCCGAGGGGCUGCGCUCCAUCUGGAACGGCUUCCUGCUGGACGCAUACAAGCAGGUGAAACUUGGCUGCAAUGCACCAAACUCCAAACUGGUGAAGGUGCCUGAUGUUUCUCACUGGAGCGGCAGUCUCGGUAACAUGACGAAUAUGCCGCAGGGAUCUAGGACCCGAAAUGAAGAAGAAUGUCACCUUCUGGAUUUUGAGUCAUCGGAUCGCCCCCUGGUGGUCAACUUCGGCUCAGCCACCUGACCCCCCUUCGUCAGCCACCUGCCAGCUUUCCGGCAGUUGGUGGAGGACUUCAGCGACGUGGCUGAUUUCCUGUUGGUGUACAUUGACGAGGCCCACCCGUCUGAUGGCUGGGUGGCCCCUCCCAUGGGCUCCUGCUCCUUUAACGUCCGGAAACAUCAGAACCUGGAGGAGAGGCUGGGGGCGGCACGCAAUCUCAUCGAGCACUUUUCCCUGCCGCCACAGUGUCAGCUGGUGGCCGACAGCAUGGACAACAAUGCUAAUGUUGCUUACGGCGUGUCGAAUGAACGGGUGUGUAUAGUGCAACAGAGAAAGAUCGCCUACCUGGGGGGUAAGGGUCCUUUUUUUUACAAUCUGAAGGAUGUGCGGCAGUGGCUGGAACAGAGUUACGGUAAACAGUAA